UAAUCAUACGAACGAAACAAUCGUAUAAAGAGAGAGAGGAACAAAUUGACUUUCACACCAACGUGCGUCCAUGCAAAUCAGUCAUGUUACCAACACGCAUGAACUAACACUCACAUACAUAUAUAGCUUCACGUAUUAGAGAAUGAAGAUGCGUUCAAAGAUUUCUAGGUACAGAAACGUAACGCAGAGAGAUUUAAAGAUGGGGGCAAAAACACAAAAUUCUAGAGGGAGAAUCUUCAUGGUCUAUCUAAUACUAAUCUCAUUAUCACUUGUAGGUUUGAUAAUAUCCUUUAAACCCUUUUCUGUUCCAAACCAAAUCAUCACAUCUCCAUCGUCCGACGAUAUACGGAUUGAUCUUCCUUCCCCCGUAGUCGUCAGCAAAAACCCAAGAUGGCUCCGACUUGUCCGUGACUAUCUACCGGCAAAGAAACUCCGGAUAGGCUUCCUUAACAUCGAAGAGCAAGAGCGCGAGAGCUUCGAGGCUGAUGGCCCGUCGAUCUCGGAGAACGUCCACGUGUCGCUCGAUCCUCUUCCGGAGAAUCUUACUUGGAAUAGUCUCUUCCCGGAGUGGAUCGACGAGGAAAAGUCUCAAUGCCCGGAGAUCCCUCUCCCUAAGCGUGAAGGUUCUAAUGCUGACGUGGAUGUCAUAGUUGCAAAGGUCCCGUGCGAUGGUUGGUCGGAGAAUAAAGGACUAAGGGAUGUUUUCAGGCUUCAGGUUAAUUUGGCUGCGGCGAAUCUAGCGGUCGAGAGUGGGUUGACCAAGGUUGUGUACGUUGUGUUCGUCGGGUCAUGUGGGCCCAUGCAUGAGAUCUUCAAGUGCGAUGAGCGCGUGAGGCGAGUGGAUGAUUAUUGGGUGUAUAAGCCUAAUCUCCCAAGGUUGAAGCAGAAGCUUCUCAUGCCUGUUGGUUCAUGUCACGUUGCUUCUCCAUUUGCUCAACUUGGCCAAGAAGCAUGGAGACCAAAAGAUAAAGAUAAGCUUACGUCCGAUGCAAUUCGUAAGCAUCGAGUGGCCUACGUGACGGUACUACACUCGUCCGAGGCCUAUGUCUGUGGGGCAAUAGCUUUAGCACAAAGCAUAAGACAAUCAGGAUCGAACAAGGACAUGAUUCUCCUCCACGAUCGGUCCAUAACAAACAGGUCCCUUAUCGGUCUCAGCUCCGCUGGUUGGAAUCUUCGGCUGAUUGACAGAAUCCGUAGCCCUUUCGCGGAGAAGGACUCUUACAAUGAAUGGAACUACAGCAAAUUGCGUGUGUGGCAAGUAACUGACUACGAUAAACUUUUGUUCAUAGAUGCAGAUAUUAUCGUUGUCAAGAAGCUUGAUCAUCUCUUCUAUUAUCCGCAACUCUCAGCUGCAGGCAACGACAAAGUGUUAUUCAACUCCGGAGUCAUGAUUGUCGAGCCAUCAGCAUGUCUUUUUAAAGAUCUAAUGGAGAAAUCCUCCAAGAUCGAGUCAUACAAUGGAGGAGACCAGGGAUUCCUCAAUGAGAAUUUUGUAUGGUGGCACAGGUUAUCGAAACGCGUGAACACAAUGAAGUUCUUCGCCGAAAAUUUUAAAGGAACACGCGAUCUUCCAGAUGAUCUAGAGGGUCUGCACUACUUGGGACUGAAGCCAUGGGUAUGUUAUAGAGACUAUGAUUGCAAUUGGGACAUGAAGUUAAGGCACGAGUUUGCCAGCGAUUCAGUGCAUGAAAAAUGGUGGAAAGUUUAUGACAAGAUGCCAGAGCAGUUGAAAGGUUAUUGUGGUUUGAAUAAGAAAAUGAAGUAUAGGAUUGAGAAGUGGAGGAAAAUCGCUGAGAAAGAUAGUUUGCCUGAUAGGCAUUGGGAGAUAGAAGUGAGAGAUCCUAGGAAGAAUAACCUUGUUCAGUGAGAGUGUUUUGUCUUUGAUUUUAUUGAAGUCUUACAGAAACUUGUGAAGUAAGACUGAAGAACCUUCUGAUUCGAGAAAGGGUUCUCGCUUCUGUUUUUUUUUUUCUGUCACACAGGGUUUUAUUUUAAUUUCUGUAAUUUUCAAAGUAUAACGGAGAA